GCAGCACGUGACCUAAAAUCGAAAGCAAACGAUGGAAAACGAUGCCCCAGUGAUCUACGGUCUUGAAUUUCAGGGACGCACUCUGGCCGCAAGAGCUGCAGAGACGGAUGAGAUACAUUUCUUAGUAGGAACGCAAUCGUUGAAGGCAGAGAAUCAGAUUCACUUGCUACAGUUUGAUGAUGAGAGCAAUUAUGUUGAGAAGGUCGUCUUUCUGCACAGUAAAGGAGAAGUUUGGAGCAUGUCGACAAGUCCUGCAGAUAAGAAUGUCUUGGCUACGUGUCAUAGCGGUGUUUCAGGAUCCAAAAUCGACUUUGGCGCCACAAUAUGGCGUAUUCCCACAGACGAAGAUGCCGGCUACAUUGGCAGUCCUACACCCUACAGCAAGACCUCGAAAUCGAGACUACAGUCGAUCAGCAGCACUGCAGGUGCUUACCUCCAGGAACUCUGUAUCCUGCCUGACCAUCAGGGUCAAGUGAAGUGUGUGUUGUGGCAUCCGGGAGGUGACCCACAGAUGGUGUCGCUUGACGAUCAGCAUAUCAGAGUGUGGGAUGUCGAUUUGGCAUCUCCGUCUGCAGUUGUGAGGAGUCAGAGCGAGUUGGAGUCCCGUAGCCUGCAUACGUUUCACGCUGGGAAAUGGAAUCCGCACCAGAAUUGUAACCAAGUGGCGACGGCUGUAGAUACGGCAGUGAAAGGAUGGGACCUCAGGAAUAUGGAGGUAUGUUGGUCUAUUGAGAAUGCUCAUCAGGAACAAGUGCGAGAUGUUGAUUUCAACCCAAACAAACAGUACUACCUGCUAACAUGUGGAGACGACUGCAGCAUAAAAUUCUGGGACAUCAGAAAUACGACCGAACCUCUGCAAACGCGAAGAGAGCACUCCCAUUGGGUAUGGUGCGCUCGUUACAAUCAUUUUCAUGACCAACUCGUGCUGAGUAGCAGCAGCGAUAGUCACGUCAUUCUCUCCACUGUGCCAUCUUUGUCCUCUGAGCCGUACGGGCACGCCGAUGAUGACGAAGACGAAACAAAACCCAAGCCUGUACUAGAGGAUCGCCAUGUUGCAACCUACGAAGAGCAUGAGGACAGCGUGUAUUGUGUGGAAUGGAGUGUUGCUGAUCCGUGGGUGUUUGCCUCUCUCUCGUACGAUGGACGAGUUGUCAUCAGUCGAGUGCCACGAGUAGAGAAAUAUCGCAUUCUACUGUGACUGAUGAUGCUUCAUCAGACUGUUGAUAGUGUUGAUAUCUUGGUAAUGAAGUAAUGUGAUGUUUGGUAUA